CAGUUAAAAGAGGGAGGAGCCUAGUCAAAAGGUAUGGGGCCCUCUUUACCUGUAUGAGCAGUAGAGCGGUGCAUUUGGAGGUAGCCUACACACUAGAUACUGACUCAUGCAUCCAUGCUAUAAGGAGGUUUGUCUGUAGGAGAGGACAAGUUAAGCACAUUCGAUCCGACAAUGGCACUAACCUGGUGGGAGCUCAAGCUGAGCUCAAAAAGGCCCUGAGUUCACUAGAUGACCGGAAAAUCCAAGGCUCCCUUCUCUCUGAGGGAAUUCAGUGGACAUUCAAUCCACCCGCAGCCUCCCACCACGGUGGAGUCUGGGAGAGGCUCAUCAGGUCUGUCAGACAGGUACUCAACUCUACUCUCCACCAACAAAUCAUUGAUGAUGAGGGCCUGCACACCAUCUUUUGCGAGGCAGAGGCAAUCCUCAACAGUCGUCCCCUCUCCACAGUCUCCCCAGAUCCACAGGACUUAGAGCCGCUGACCCCAAACCACAUUCUCCUUCUAAAAACUCAACCCAUCAUUCCCCCUGGCACCUUCGAGAAAAGGGAUCUCUACGCCAGGCGCCGCUGGAAACAGGAAAGACAGAAAUGGACCCAAGUGAGGAACAACCUGCAGCCAGGAGAUGUGGUCCUGGUGGUCGACCCCACAGCCCCACGGGGCUCCUGGCCAUUGGGCAGAAUACUGGAGACUCGGCCAGAUGGAGGAGGCCUGGUCCGGUCAGUCAAGCUCCAAACAAAGACUUCAGUCAUCGAAAGGCCUAUCACCAAGCUGUGCCGCGUCCUGGAGGCUGAGGGCUGACUGGUCAGUCAUGGAGACCAGACCACAAGACACGCACAAGGGACGUAAUGUAUAUACUUUAUUUUCUCUCAAGGCUUUGCCUUUUGUUUGUUUAUUAUGGAAUAGGCUCCUUUUUUUUGCAUUAAAUUAAUGAAUGUGAUUGAGUCUGUAAAGAUCAAUCAGGGGCCGGUGUGUAGGAGCCAAAUAGAGAGCCAUACUUGAAUCUAUGUUUAUAUUGUUAUUUUUGAGUGAUUGAUUUGUGUAUGUCAGUGUGCACCGUUUGCAGGUGGUGAAAAGUUCCCACGCAGGCCUAUAAGGGGCAGGAGUGCGCUGGGCGCGUGAUUGACAGUCGGGCACCAGCAUACCGUCUUUGACCUCACCUGU